AUGGAAACCAUCAAGAAUACAGUAGCGAACGUGCUGGGCUCUAGCAAGUCCGACGAAGCCGACACUGCUACUCAUGGUACUUUGGGCCACCACGGCCACUCUAGCAACACUACCGACACCACUGGAAGCCACCAUGGUACUUCCGGCACUACAACUGACACGCUAAGUCACAAUUCUGGUACUACCACAGGAGUGACAGGCAGCAUGGGUGAUGCCGCUCCUUCUUUCCAUGAUCAGUCAAGAGGUGGAACCGGGAGCACCCUCUCUCAAGGAGGCACCGGAACUUCUACAACCGGAACGCACGGCACUGGCUUAGGCAGAGAGACUACUGCUGCGUCUGGCACAACUGGUGUCAAACAUGGUACCAACGAAGGAACUGCUACGACUGGCGUUGGGCAUGGUACUUCUGACACCACCACGACCCAUGGCACGAAGUCCAAUGACUUGUCCCCAAGCCAAUCCCACCCCGACCGAAAAGACGCGCAAUCACCAGAUCAAGGCCCAGACCCAGCUCUGGUUGGUGACGCCAAAGAUCACCCCAAGAUGGUCGGACAAGGCGCACCUGGUUCACACUCAGCAGUCUUCGGACUCACGCCUGAUGGAAAGAAGCACAAGGAGUCCAGCCAUGGUGCAGCUCCCAUCCGGCCUGCACAUUCCAAGGAGACUACCUUGGGUAGAAAGAGUGUGGUCGGUGCCAGCGGUGCUGACUCUGGUGGAGAUACUGUGAGUGGUGGCAGAGGUGGUGUCAGUGACCAGAUUGACGCUCCCGAUACUGGAAAGAAGGGUCUUGAGCGGACUGACCCUGCCCCUAUCUCGGCGUCGAACAGCGGUGGUAAGCCUGGUGCCGGCCUGACUGGACUGGGUCAGUCAUAG